CUGAACCGAUAAUGAGAUAAGAUCGCGAUUUUACGCCGUUUCGAAUUAGCCGCGGAAGUCUAUAAAGCAGCGGUGGCCAGAUUUCCCUUUGGAAGUCCAAACUUGGGAGUGAUCGUCGGCUAACUGAUAAGUAGUCGGAACGAUUUUUUCGAAACAUGGCGCUGAGUCUCUUCCUUCUUGCCCUCUGCCUGCUUUCCGGAUUCUCGGUUCAGGCAUCUAUCUCCGGGAGAAUCGUCGGUGGGGAAAUUGCCGAAGUUAAUGAAUUCCCCUGGCAUGUCUCGCUCAGGGUUCCCGGAGGUCACAUUUGCUCAGGGUCACUGGUCUCACUUCAGCACGUUCUUACCGCCGCUCACUGCGUCAGCGGUAUCAAUAUCACGGAGUUGAACGUCGUGGCUGGAUCCAACAGCCUGGUAAGCGGCGGUGUGACACGUGGGGUUAGAACCAUUUACAUUCACUCUCAGUACUCCAGUCCUGAACCAGCCUAUCAUGUCCAGGACGUCGCUGUGCUCGUUUUGAGUGAAGCGGUCGUGGAGUCGGAGUCCGUCCGGUCGAUCGCCUUGGCGAUAGAAGACGUUCCCGUGGGAGCGGUGGCAGUGACUUCAGGAUGGGGAAGGACGUUGCCGGAAAGUGGUGUGCUGCCGACGGACCUGCAGAAGUUGAACACGACGAUACUGAACCAGACCGUUUGUCAGACACAGUGGGGAAACACGUCGAUAAACGUCGACCAUCUCUGCGGGGCCCAAACAUCCAGUUCAGGCGUCUGUAACGGUGACAGCGGCGGCGCUCUGGUCUACAACAACCAGGUCGUCGGCAUCGUUUCCUGGGCGAAUCCCUGCGGCUGGGGAUAUCCGGACGUCUACACGCGAGUUUAUUAUUACCUCUACUGGAUCGGAUGGUACGUUCACAACACGGAGCUCGAGACACCGACGGUUGAAGAGUCGACGAGCCACCAACCUUCGCUGAGAGAUGCUAACCACGCGAUGACGAUAUUCUUCGCGUGCUUCGGUGUCAGGAAAUUUUUGUCUGCUCAAACUCGCCAAUGUCAAGAGCGGUUGAUCGAUCUGUGCCAAUCGAAUUCCACACCGUUCGUUCCAAGAAUCUGCGUAGUCACGAGUGUCCGAAAAAUGACGAGACUAGCGCUAGUGGUUCUCGUUCUCUUUUCACUGUCGAGCGGAACACGAGGGUGGAACCUGGAGCGAAUCGUUGGCGGUGAGGCGGCAGCCGAUGGUGAAUUCCCGUGGCAAGUGUCCCUCAGGAAUUCCGGUCGUCACUUUUGCGGGGGAAGCCUAAUAUCCCUGCAACACGUCCUGACCGCCGCGCACUGCAUGGUGACCAAGGAGAUCGACGCGGUAACCGUGAUAACGGGGACCACCAGUUUGGCAAGCGGUGGCGAGACCCACGCGGUCAAGAAUAUAACGUGGCACUCUAGCUACGUUGGAAGCUCGGAUUCCUAUCGCUACGACGUCUCCGUCCUGACGCUCCAGGCCGCGAUCACGGAGUCCGAUGUCCAGCGGCCCAUCGCCCUGGCCACCAAGGACCCACCCGACGGUGCUGAGGCCGUUGUUUCGGGCUGGGGCCGAGUCCUCUAUCCAAGCAGUUCGCUGCCCACCGCUCUCCAAAAGAUGAGCCUGAUGUUGAUAAACACGACCGAGUGCCAGAGUUACUGGAGCUUGACGAUCUACGACGACCACGUAUGCGGGAUCAAGGAGUACGGAGUCGCCGUCUGCAACGGCGACAGUGGUGGUCCUCUCGUGUACAACGACCAAGUCGUCGGCAUCGUCUCCUGGGGAAAUCCCUGCGCUAACGGAGUCCCCGACGUCUAUACGAGGGUCUACAGCUACCUCAGUUGGAUCGGUGCCAUCGUCUACAAUACGGAAGUCGCGAAGGACCAGGAGACCGGGCUGCAUUUUGACCUAGAGACGUAGGGUCGUGUUUUGAUGAUGGGCAAAGUCCGGCCCCGCCGUUAUCAGCUUUUGAUUUAAUCCCAACGAAGGCAUUUUAACCGAAUCACAUUUCGACUGUCUAGGUUCGCGUAUUACGAUAAUGCGUAUCUUCUAAUUAGCGAACAACAUCGGACCGCGGACAGCGACCGAUAUUGUCUGUUGUGUAACAAAUUUUGAGGAAAUAAAUUAUAUACCUUUCCUCUUAUCGCGCUCAAUUCAGCGAGCAUGAGAACUGUGUCAGAAUUUGCUUACCGCAGGUUAUUGACCAAUCUUCAAGUUAUUUUCUAUUGCUGUAUAUGAAUUAAAUAAGCUCGAAAUUAAAUGUCCAUCCAUCAUAAACGCAGACUUUUUUCAUCCGA